UUCCACAGGCUUUGAAUCACAGCUUUAAGGACAAUUUAUCUGCAAAACAGUUCACCUGCUGACAGAGAAACCAGUUGAUGGUCACCAAGAUACUGAGAUGGAUCCACAUGUGCUGAAGAGGAAAUUAUUUGCCGUCAAUGUGCUGCUGCUCGUGCUGUUCCCCGACUGCACAGCCGCCAUCAGCCUGAGGGAACACCUGGCUGUUUGUCUGAAUGACGCAGACUACGACGAGCUGAUGGACACUAUUGAAAACGGCCUUCCACACAUAAACAUAUCUAAUCACGUCGUCAUUGUCGGCGCUGGCAUGGCUGGACUGACGGCCGCCAUGCUGCUGCAGGACGCAGGACACAAGGUGACGAUAUUAGAGGCGAGUGGUCGUGUCGGAGGACGGGUGGAGACCUACAGGAAUGAAGAGGAGGGCUGGUACGCUGAACUGGGAGCCAUGAGGAUCCCAAGUUCUCAUCGCAUCGUCCUCACGGUUAUUGAAAAGCUGGGGAUCGAGGUCGGUGACUUCAAGAUGCUUGACGACAACACCUUUUACUUGGUUAAUGGGUUUCUGGAGAAGACGGGCACAGUGCGAAGGCGUCCUGACGUUCUGAAUUACAACGUGUUGCCACAUGAGAAAGGGAAGACACCAGAUGAACUGCUACACAAAGCUUUGCAGAAGGUGAAAGAGGAAAUGAAAGAGCACGGCUGCUGGGCUGCAAUGAGAAAAUACGACCGUUUUUCUGUACAGGAAUAUCUGAAAGAAGAAGGAGAGCUGAGUUUAGAGGCGGUGAGGAUGAUCGGAGACCUGCUUAAUGAACAGAGCCUCAUGUUCACAGCGCUGACUGAGAUGCUCUAUGACCAGAGUGACAUCAACGACAAAACUACGUACUCAGAGAUCGUUGGUGGGUCGGACCUGCUCCCCAAAGCUUUUCUUCCUCUUCUCAAAGACUCUGUUAUUCUCCUCGACUCCAAAGUCAAACGCAUCAGUCAGUCAGAUAACGGUGUGAUCGUAUCAUACCAGACGGGCCAACAGUCUUCUCUAACUGACCUUUCUGCAGAUUACGUCCUGGUAACGACCACAGCCAAAGCAGCACUUUACAUGGACUUUAACCCCCCUCUCUCCAUCCCGAAGAUGCAGGCACUGAGGUCAGUCCACUACGACAGCUCCACCAAAAUCCUCCUCACCUUCAGCAGGAAGUUUUGGGAGAGGGACGGCAUCCGAGGAGGAAAGAGCAUCACUGACGGGCCGUCUCGUUUCAUCUACUACCCCAGCCACAGUUUCCCAAACAAUUCAAAUAUCGGCGUCCUGCUGGCUUCCUACACCUGGUCCGAUGACUCCCUCCUCUUCUUAGGAGCGAGCGAUGAAGAGCUGAAAGAGCUGGCUCUGAGAGAUUUGGCGAAGAUCCACGGCGAGUACGUAAAGUCUCUCUGCACAGGCGUGGUGGUGAAGAAGUGGAGCACAGAUCCUCACAGUUUGGGUGCCUUCGCUCUUUUUACCCCCUACCAGCAUUUAAAGUACGCCCAGGAGCUCUUCAGAAGUGAGGGCAGGGUGCACUUUGCUGGUGAGCACACGGCCUUCCCUCACGCCUGGAUCGAGACGUCCAUGAAAUCUGCCAUCAGAGCUGCAGCCAACAUCAACAAAGAGUCAGAUGGCACUCAACCCCAUGAUGAGCUCUAGGGUCCUAAAUCUGCUUUCUAAGGCAUUCAGUACUAUAGUACUGACGAAAUGUUUGUGCCAAAUGAGCAGCACUUUUUGCUUGGUGAUUGUAUUGCUUUUCUCAGGAAACUGCACUGUUUGUACAUAUACCUAUAAAAAGCAAUGUGCCAAAAUUCAUUAAAUCCGACAUAAUCAGUAAAGCUGUGAUUACGUGACCAAUGCGAUGUUUCGAGUGAAGAAAGAAGUAGUAUUAAGAGCAAAAGGAAAGGUCAAGCUAUCACAGGACUUUCUCCCAGGAGACUAGUGUUUGAAAAACAUGUGAAAUGAAAUUUUUUUAAUUUGAAAAGUUUUUUGGUUCCUUGUGACCAUGUUUCUUUUCCUAAACCUAACCUACAUAAGUUUACUUUCCUGAAUGUAAUCUCAGUAUCUUUACCUUUCCAUACCUGACCUAUAUAUUCUUACUACACGUAUAACUUACGUAGCUUUACUAGCCUAAAACUUACCUAUGUUGAUUACAUAAUGUGAUAUUAACUUACCAUAUUUCUUUUUCUAAACAUAACCAAGAUAUGUUUACUUUCCUAAACCUAGCCUAUGUUACUUUAGUAUCCUAAAUCUGACCUUUGCCUGAACCUACAUAACUUAAUGUUCAGUACGUAACUUUAGGUUAAGUAACUUACAUGACAACGCCAUUUGUGGGCCACUUCAUUAAAUGUAUCAUAUAUAUCAAGAUAUCAAACAAACCUUUAUAUGCUCUUAUCGAGAUUAAAUUUGUGGAUUUUUGGCUGGAUGUUACGAGGCAAAAGUAUAAAGAGAUUUAUAAGGAAAUUAGCAUUAGCAUUGUUGUUUUAGCUAUAUUGUUUUGUGUUGUGGGAGGGUUUUUUUUGUGGGGAUUUAUUUUUGAAUUUCAGGUUUAAUGUUGAAUGUCUCAUGCAUCUUUGGGUUUUCUUCCUUUUAGCGUCUUGGGACCAUGUUGGAAAUGAGUUGUUUUGGGGGUUUUUUCCACUUAUUAAAGAACAAAUUCAAAUCAUAAUGUAACUUUAAAUAAAUUUGUUUCACUUGCA